AUGUCCUGCCAGCAGAACCAGCAGCAGUGCCGGCCCCUUCCCAAGUGCCCGUCACCCAAAUGCCCUGCAAAGAUCCCAGUGCAGUGUCUGCCUCCAGAUUCCUCUGGCCGUGCCUCAAGCUCUGGGGGCUGUGGCCCCAGCUCCGAGGGUGGCUGCUGCCUGAGUCACCACAGAUACCGCGGGUCCCACCGAUGCCAGCGCCAGAGCUCCAACUCCUGUGAUGGGGGCAGUGGUCAGCAAGGCAGGGGCUCCAGCUGUGCCCACAGCUCUGGGUCUGCUGCUGACCUGAGCCACGAGAUUAAGGAAAAAUAUUGGAGAAAAGGAAGUGCCAAAAAGACUGGAACCAGCCCUCGCCUGGGGCAUCUUUGCUCCUGUGCCCUCUUUCCUGCUGAGAUGUUCAGUGAAGAGUGUCAAGUACUCCCCCAGUGGGUUUAUCCUGCUGGUCUCAGUGCGUCCCUCCUUCUUUAA